AUGCCAAAUUCCCCUCCUAAGGACGCAAAGCCCAGCUCGGGCCCCCUCGCCUUUUGGAGGGCGGCCCAGCGCUCUCUUGCCAGCGGUGCGGGAGAAGGGAGGGCAGCCCUGGGGCGGGCAGGGUGACCCGGCACGGAGAGCGCACACACACACAGACACACACGUGUGUGCUGUGCACACACACCCCCGCAGCUGAUGCAGGAAACCAACCGCGGCAGCACAGCCCCCACCGGCAAAACCCGCGUCCCGGGCCAAAAAAGGGGCGCCGCGGCGGAGAGCACGACGCGCCUCCUCCUCGUAUUUCCUCCCCCGCCCACUUCCAGCGGCGGAGGGGCUCGCUGCCGCCGCCGGCUGCCGCCCGGGAUGGAAAGUUGUAGCCGCGGCGGGAUGCGCGGCGCGGCGCAUACGGAUUAACUGAGCCCUUUGACAAGUUUAUGGAGCUGCCAUCUCUCUGCUUGCUGUACUUUCCGUUUCUGAGAGGAGAAAGUGGUGCAUGAGAUUAGAGGAAAAUGCCUCGGACAAAGCAGAUACAUCCCAGAAAUCUGAGAGACAAAAUUGAAGAAGCACAAAAACAACUUAAUGGAACAGAAGACCAACAGAGAGAAAUCACUGAUGCUGGUACUAGAGGAACCCAAGAUACAAUUAAGGGCGUGAAAAGAAAAAAGAUUGUUUCUGAAAACCAUCUUAAAAAAAUACCAAAAUCGCCUUUGAGAAGCCCUGCUGAACCCAAGGUUAAGCAAAAUGUAGACCCUUCACCGCUGAAAGCUCUUCCGGAUGCCUCUGAACAUGCCACAGCACAGGAUCACCUGCCCGUGCAAAAUGGAAAUCAAUGUACCAAACAGAAUGGGGGAGCACUUAGUGGUGAGAUAAGUGUUGAAACAACCAAAUCUGAGACAUCAAUGCAGACAAAGCUUUCACUGACGCAUCAGUCCUUAGAUUUGUGCAAACAGGCAGCGGGGGAUACUGAUGCAAACCAACUGAACUCAGCAGAGAGGAAGCCUCCCUCAAACUCCUCAUCAAGUAAUACAAAGACUGACAGUAAUGAAUGUAUUAACUUUGUUGAUUGCAGUACAUCGUCCCCAUGUACGCGUACUGCAUUCGAUGUCUUACUAAAAGCUAUGGAGCCUGAACUGAACACCUUAGCACAAGAGUGCCCCCCUUAUGGGAUGCAGAUAGAGAAACUGAGACCAAAUAAAACUGUAAGCACCUCUUCUAGUCUCACGUCCAAUACAAUAAGUGUCCAAAAUCAGUCGUCUUUGUCACAGCAGGAGUUUGCAGCUGGACCUCCCUAUUACCCAUGUACGUUGAACAAUGUGCAUGUAGCAACAACAGCCAAGACUGGACAAGCACAAGGCCAAUCAGUUUCUCAUUCACAAGACCUUAUUACUAAAACCAGUCAGCAAAAUCACCAGGUUGUUAUGUGUCCAAGUUUAACUAGGUCGCUGGUGCAACAGCAGAGUCAAGAAAACCACAAGCUCCAGCAGAUCUACAGCAUAGCAGUAACUUCAUCUGUUGUUCACACCUCAUCUUCCACUGUAACUCAGGUUUUUUCUCAAAACCCCUUAGUAGCUAGUACAUCUUCACCAUUGUCAAUUAACACAUCAAGUUCAACACACUUGUCUAUAGGUCCCGUGUAUAAUUCAGCCCAGAUAGCAUCAGUUGUAAACCAUGGUGUAGAACAAAUAUGUAACCUCUUGAAAGACCAGAAGCCUAAAAAGCUAGGGAAAUACGUCUGUGAGUAUUGCAAUCGGGCCUGUGCCAAGCCCAGUGUUCUCCAAAAGCACAUCCGAUCCCAUACUGGAGAGCGACCAUAUCCUUGUGUGACGUGUGGGUUUUCGUUUAAAACCAAAAGCAAUCUCUACAAGCACAAAAAAUCUCAUGCACACGCUAUCAAACUUGGACUUGUCCUGCAACCAGAUUCAGGUGGCCUCUUCUUAUCUCAUGACUCGGACAAAGCACUUAGCAUUCAUUCAGAUGUGGAAGAAAGCGGUGAAAGUGAAGAUGAAGGCACUGCAGAUGAAAGACAAGAUGAUCAAGAACUGGAACCUGCACAAUUAGUGAAAGUAAUUCCAAGUGCAGAAACACUGCAGAAAGGAAGCCCUAUUCCAUUAAGCAACCCAGACUGUGUGUCAGGUGACUCUUCAUUACAUGAUGCAGAGCCUCAAGUAAGGGCAGCUUUACCAAAAGUAGUGGUUCAUUCUGUAAAUGUUUCUCCAUUGAGGGCCGAUAGCCCAAAAGUGACAGAGCCAGCACCUGAGCUUGCUGCAGCACAGAGAAAAGGAGAUUCUAAAGUCACAACCCUUCAGUCAAAUUUAACACAUACAGCCUCAUUCAAGGAGAAUGACAUAAAGCAGCAUCAGAAAGUAGAAGCAGGCCUGUUAGAGGAACAGCCAGUAUCUACAGGAGGACCAGUGCAUGCUCAGCUCCAGAGACAGCAGGCUACUGAUGGUUCUCAGGAUCAGCAAGGAAAAUGUCUUUUGAGCCCUAGAAGUUUAGGUAGUACUGAUUCCGGUUAUUUCUCUCGUUCCGAAAGUGCCGAUCAAACAAUGAGCCCUCCAGCUCCUUUUGUAAGGGGAUUGUUGACCUCUGAGAAAGAUCCAAAUAAAAAUCUGCCCUGUGUGCCACGAGCAAGUGGUAUGGUAGCAUCAGUGGUACAAACUGUUUGUGCUGACAAAAAUCUGAUUCUCUCUGGCCAAAUGCGACCACCCUUGGCAACAAAAACUCUUGAGGAGCGUAUCUCAAAGUUAAUUUCUGAUAAUGAAGCUGUUGUGGAUGACAAACAGUUAGAUAGUGUGAAACCAAGAAGAACAUCUCUUUCAAGAAGAGGAAGCAUAGAUUCACCAAAAUCUUACAUAUUUAAGGACUCUUUCCAGUUUGAUUUAAAGCCCAUGGGAAGAAGAACUAGCUCAAGCUCUGAUAUACCAAAGUCUCCUUUCACACCCACUGAGAAAUCCAAGCAAGUUUUUCUUCUUUCUGUACCAUCCCUUGACUGUUUACCUAUAACACGAAGUAAUUCCAUGCCUACCACCAGUUACUCAGCAGUACCUCCUAAUGUCAUACCUCCCUCUCAUCCUCUUCGAGGAAGCCAGUCAUUUGAUGAUAAAAUUGGCUCUUUGUACGAUGAUGUUUUUGUGUCGGGACCUGCUGCUCCACUGAACCAAGGUGGACAUCCUCGGACCCUGGUCAGACAGGCAGCAAUAGAAGAUUCUUCUACUGGUGAAAGCCAAGGUCUUGGACCUGUGCGAUCUGUAGAAGAAAAUUAUCUGGGGUGUAAUUUAUCAAAUGAAUCCUUAUUGCAAAGGAGCAAAUCUCUGGCACAGGGAUCAAAUUCAGAAAAAACAAAGAAGUCCCCUCAGGUGCGAGGAACAAUGUUUGAAUGUGAAACCUGCAGGAACAGAUAUAGAAAACUGGAAAAUUUUGAAAACCACAAGAAAUUUUAUUGUUCAGAGUUGCAUGGACCUAAAACUAAAGCAGCAGUCCGAGAGCCUGAGCACAAAACUGCUCCAAACAGUACACAACCUCAAAUUCUACACUACAGAGUCACAACUUCAACUGGUGUCUGGGAGCAGACACCCCAGAUAAGGAAAAGAAGGAAAAUGAAAAGUGUUGGUGAUGAUGAUGACCCACAGCAAAAUGAUACGAGUGUACCAUUAAAGAACGCAGAAGGCCAGAGCAAGCCAGCAAAUUCUUCCAGUCUGUCAAAACACAGUGCCACAACUGUGGUAGGAUCACAACAACCAAGCAAACUUCUACUUCAGAAUUCCCAAAUUCAGCUUGUGGCUCGUGGCACAGAUCAGACUACUGAGCCAAAGAUGGCUUCCCUCAUUGAAAAGCAGGCAAGUUCAGCUGUGCAAGAAAAGGUGGAGUUGAAAAGACAAGGGACUGGCAUUUCAGUAAUACAGCACACAAAUUCACUGAGCAGAAAUAGCUCAUUUGAGAAAUCAGAGUCAUUUGAAAGAGUAUCUCCAGUUUCUUCUCAAGAGCCCAACAAGGGUGCAAAGCACCGCUCUUUGAAUACAGUUGUAAUCCAAGAAGACAGACACUCUCAUCUGAGCACUCCCCAGCGUCACCAACCCUUGUCAUCAGAACCACCUAGAGGGGAAGUUCAGGGAAGCCAAUUAGUUUCUAAUGAGAGAAGUGCACCACUUCAGCCAUCAAGACUCGUUCGCCAGCAUAACAUCCAGGUUCCUGAAAUACUGGUCACAGAAGAACCAGACAGAGAGCAAGAAAACCAAUGCAAUGACCCAGAAAAGACAGAAAGGUUUAACUGGCCACAACGCAGUGAAACGCUGUCAAAAUUGCCAACAGAAAAGCUUCCACCGAAAAAGAAGAGAAUUCGGCUGGCUGAAAUGGAACAUUCAUCUGCUGAAUCCAGUGUUGACUCCACACUUUCCAGAAGCCUAAGUCAGGAGAGUAGCUUGUCUCAUGCCUCCAGUUUCUCAACUUCACUUGAUAAAGAUGAAACUGUAAAGGCUGAGAACCCUUCCAAAGCAGAGCCCAUUAGUAAGUCGUCAGAAUUCCUCAUGAUUCCUGCUGGCUCACACUCACUGGCAGUGCCUGGACCUCAUUACCGGGAAAUGAGACGUGCUGCCUCAGAGCAGAUCAGCUGCACGCAGCCCUCAAUGGAGGUUGUGGACUACAGGAGUAAGUCUUUCGACUGUGGAAGCAUGUCUCCAUUAAAACCUGUCCCACUUGUAGAGGUAGCUGCUCCAAAAGUGUCAUCUGCAAACGGAGCUGCUGGACAUGUGCCUCUGCUAGAAAGGAGAAGGGGGCCAUUUGUAAGACAAAUAUCUUUAAAUAUUGCUCCCGAAAAUCAACAGCCUCAAGUGAAAUCGACUUCUUCAUUGCAGGCAGCUCAUGCCACAGAUGUGCCCACAGUGCCAUUGCACAGGCUGCAGACCUCUGGCAAACCCUCAGUGGAGUUUCCUUCAAGUACUCAGCACUCACAGACUAACUCCAGACCUCAUUCAGCUAUUCAAAACUGUAAUCCUGUUAGCCUGUCUUCGCCUCAGCAGCCUCGAGAUCACAUGUUGAAUAAUCAAGGCCAGCCAUCCUUGACUCAUCAGCCUUCUCAGCCGUCUACUAAAACAUCAGCCCAAGGGGAGCAAGCAAGCGCGAACUCACUUUCUUGUCAUCCUGAUGAAAAAAAGGACUGUUUUGCUCCAAAGUAUCAACUUCAAGUUAAAACAUUACAUAUAGGUCAGCCAUACUCUUCUAAAUUACUAAAAAAUACUUUAUCAACUCAGACUGGUUCGAAUCAAGUUGGGGUGGACCAGAAUGCAUCUUCCUUUGAAGUGCAGACAAAACUCUCUGACGUGUCUAAUCCGUACUCUGUGCCUCCUCUAAAGCAAAUUGUUCCCAAUAACUGCAGCAGUCAGAUACAUCAGAUUCCUCCUUUUGUGGUUCCCGUCCGUAUUCAGAGCAGCAUGCCAUCCUAUGGCUUCGCAACUGUUACACCCCUGCCUCACAUUUUAGUGACCCAGGAUCAGGGAAAUCAGUCCCUCUGCAAAACAAAUGUUGUGAUGGUGCCAACGCUUGAAGGCAAAACUCAGCUGCCAAAAUCUCACAAAGAUCAUCAGAGGACUUUGCCAAAUUCAUUUGAAUUUGAAAAUUCACCACUGGAAAGUGGAACCAGAAAUUCACCUUUGUCAAGCUCUUCAAAUAUCAUUCAGAAAGUGCCAGUUAGCGGACUCUUCCCUCAGCCAGAAGUUACAGCUUCAAGUAAACGAAUGCUUUCCCCAGCAAACAGUUUAGAUAUUGCCAUGGAAAAACAGCAAAAACGUGUUAAAGAUGAGAGUGGAGCUGCUUGUAUGACAGAUGCUAGAUCAUUACAUUCACUGAGCAUUAGAUCUAAUGACCCUACUAGUAAGCAAAAGAAACCAGUUUUGGUAAGACAGGUUUGCACCACAGAGCCUCUUGAAAAUCACCUCUUGGAUCCUGAUGUUGUAACACAGCAUGAAAAAAGCAGCAAGGCCAGUACUUCAGACCUGCCUGACCAUCAAUCAUCUGACACUGGGGUUUCAGAAACCCUGAAAAAGUCACCAGAAUCUGAAGACCUUAAGUCUUCCACAUCGCCAGUAUUUGUAGUUAGGAAACCUUCUGAACUGUCUCCAGUGAAUAGUUCUCUUCUCAAGGCUGUAAGUAGCAGCCAAGAAAGAAGGUCCCCAACUAACAGUGAUGAGAGCACCCACAUCAGCAGCCCGGGCCAAGCAAAGCCUGUAGCGACACUGGCCGUGAUGAAUGCAGGAGAAUUGCAGAGGUUGUCGUUUCCAAGCCUCAAGACCACAACAAAUUUUACCUGGUGUUACCUCAUGAAGAGAAAACCAUUGCACCUGCUGCAAAAUGAUCAAAAAAUCUCUGCCUAUUCUACAUGGACCAUUAGUCCCAACAACCCCAAUCCACUCGGUUUGUCGACAAAGGUAGCUCUCUCCCUCCUCAAUUCCAAACAGAAAGUUGAAAAGCCACUGUACACUCUAGCAAGAACUACUCACCCCAGAUCUGAUGUAUUGGUCUAUUCAAGCAAGUGGAAGAACAGCUUGACCAAGAGAGGAUUAAACAGGAAAAAAUUGACUCCAACUGAAUUCAGCAAUAAGGAAAACUCUGAAUCGAGCACUGAACAUGAUAAAGAAAAUUCAUUUAUCAAAACUGUACCAAGAAGAGUUAAAAUAUUUGAUGGAGGGUACAAGUCAAAUGAAGACUAUGUGUAUGUGAGAGGGAGAGGGAGAGGGAAGUAUAUCUGUGAGGAGUGUGGAAUACGCUGCAAGAAGCCCAGCAUGCUGAAGAAGCACAUUCGCACGCACACCGAUGUCCGUCCUUACCACUGCAAUUACUGCAACUUUUCCUUCAAAACUAAAGGCAAUUUAACAAAGCAUAUGAAGUCAAAGGCACAUAGCAAGAAAUGCAUGGAUUUGGGAGUCUCAGUAGGCUUAAUAGAUGACCAGGAUGGAGAAGAAGAAUUUGGUGAGAAGCAAAGAUUUGGCUAUGACCGGUCAGGAUAUGACGUGGAGGAGUCUGAUGGUGGCGAUGAAGAUGAGAAUGACAACGAGGACGAUGAUGAAGACAGCCAGGCUGAGUCAGUGCUAUCCACAACGCCCUCGGUGACGGCCAGCCCCCAGCACCAGCCAUCCCGCCACGGCCUGCAGGAUGCCGCCAGCACCGACGACGACAUCAGGCUUCCAGACUGCUUCACCGGGGCUCACACAGACUCCAUGGAUGGCCUCCCAAAAGCACUGCUGACCAAGAUGACUGUCCUUAGCACAGUGCAGUCAGUCAGCAGGACCUCCAGGUCGCCAGCAGAGUCCACCCAUCAGGAGGCACAUGAGGACAAAGCCCAGGAGAGAGGAGUGGGUCCCUGCGGUGCUGAUGCGGCACUGACGGACAUUGCUCCUGCGUCUCCAGGUCGCCAGAUGUCCGUGGAGUACCCUGAUCCACAUACAGCCUUGGGCCACUCCUUAAUAUCAACUGCAGCUCAUACAAAGAGCACGCCCUCUGUCAGCUCCCCGUCCUUGCUGGCAGACCACAGCAUGCCGACACCGACAGCGCCAUCACCCUACAGCGAAAUCCCGGAGGAGAAGCCGGCUGCCGAGCCGAGAGCUCCCCAGACUCACCUCUUCAGCCACCUGCCCCUGCACUCGCAGCGGCAAGCCAAGGCUCCCUACGGCAUGGUGCCCGUCGGGGGCAUCCAGGUGGUCCCUGCCGGCCUGGCCACCUACUCCACCUUCGUUCCCAUCCAGGCGGGGCCGGUGCAGCUCACUAUCCCAGCCGUGAGCGUGAUUCACAGAACUACCAGCGCCCUUGGCGAGACAGGCGGCACGGCCCCCGGCACCACCGCGAAUCCCGUGGGAGUCGCUGAGGUGAACAGCGUGGUGCCGUGCAUUCCCAUCGGCCAGGUGAGCGUGCCAGGCAUUCAGGGGCUCGGCACGCCCAACCUGCAGCCUCUGCCGCCGCUGGGCAUGGAGACAGUGAACAUCCUGGGCCUGGCAAACACCAAUAUCGCCCCGCAGAUGCGCCCUCCAGGAAUCACCCUCAACGCCGUGGGCCUCCAGGUGCUGACGGCCGGCGCGGCCCCACAGGGCACCAACCCCAGCCCGCAGGGACCCCUUCCCGGCCUGCAGAUCCUGAACAUCGCCCUGCCCACCCUCAUCCCCUCCGUCAGCCCCGCCAGCGCCGAGGGGCACGGAGCCUCCGAGGCACCCACCGCGGGCUCCAAAGCCGGCGAGGUCCAGCUGGAGCCCGCUCCUGUCGGCUUCCCCACGGCCGAGGCUGGCCGCGAUGCUUCUCCUCAGGCGGUGGCUGGUGGCCAGCGGUACGGCGGGAAGAGCCAUCCCGAGCCCAACUCGCUGACCAACCCCGCUGGUCCCGGGAAAACUGAUCUUGAAAAGACUGACCUCGCCCACCCCAGCAAGCCAAAGCAUGACCUCCCUGCCCUCCAGGUGAAGAGGGCUGCCCUGGCAGAGCCCCGCUCCAAGGCGAAUCCCACCACGUUAAGCAAGUCCCCAGUCCACCGAACUGUCACCCCGGACAGACAGGUGUUUUGAAGACGCCAAGGGCAAGAGAUGGAAGCAUAUCUUGAAGAGUAAGAAUGACAUGACAACAGAUAUGUCAUAAAGAGGAAUAUUCAGAUGUGUCACUUGUGUUUCAGAGCAAGAGCUCACACAUCUAAUGCUGAUUAAUGCUGCUGGACUGAGCAACUGGCUCCCCUGUGGAUAUCCUGUUUUCCUGUGAAUCAUCACUCCUUCUUGAGACAUCCUCCAACUCAGAUCAAAGGUCCCGAAUGUAUUAGAUAUGAAGACAUCAGACAGCUCUAACAGAUUAGAAAAGACACACACAAAGAAAUGUGUCCCAGCUUCUCCCUCCUGUCCUGCUGAAAAUUGGCACAGUGAACACAAUCCUAUGCUCUUGUCAUAAAAAGUAGAAAGACAAAAAAGAAGAAAAAUGGAGAGAGACUUUGGGAAUGUAACUUACCCAAAGAUUUCUGCAAUUUGCCCUUUCUAGGUAUUUGCACUUUUGUAUUUACUUCAUUCUCUCUUACGGUUGGGAACUUCUCAGGCCAGAUUCUCAUCUGAUGGAAAAUGACACCCAUGAGCUUCAGCAAGACCUGCACCAACUGUGUCAGCAGAGGACUUGGGACUAUCCAUUUAAGCACUGAGCCUUGCCUACAAACACAAAUAUUAAAGGAACAUGAACACCUGUGGUCUGGUUUUUUUCAAGUUUAUGUAGUCUGCUGCAUCCUCCCUGGUUUUAUUCAAUUUUCCAUAUAGCUACAUGAACAACUGAAAGGGUCCUGUGCCAGUGAGAUGCCAAAACCUGAGGUCAUGAGGUCAAACUAGAUUAUCUUAAUAGUCUCUUCUCCCCUUGCAAUCUUUGCACACAGGUUUUAUCUGAUAAAGGAGUUAAAGUCUUUAUUUCAGCAACGUUUGAUCUUGAAGAUUACACAAAUAAUUCGUCUUUUAAGCUUCUGAGCUUUUUUAAAAUAGAAUUUUAAACUCUCCUUUUAAUGGAUGCCUUUUAAUCCUUAUGUUUAAGUGUAAGAGCCAUGCUUGAUCUAAGAGGACAGACAAUGUGUUUGGAUAGUCAGAAGGCCAUUUUUAUGGGAAUAUUUGAAGAAUGCAUUGUGUUUUUUCAAGAAGCUCUUCCUCCAAUCAGUGGAAAGAGCUGACUGAGGGACCAGAGGACAGUCUUUUGUUGUCAUGAAGCUCCUAUCAAAGAAGAUAGGACGUGCUGCUCUUACAUCUUAGAGUGGACUGUGCCAGGCUUUCUUUUUUUGUCCUAGACUUCUAACUCUUCUUGUACCCUUCUGCACUUGGAAGGGAAAAGAAAAUCUUUUAACCUUAUGCACUGUGAUUACUCACUUGAAGGCAGUGGAGGAAAAUACCCAGCAGGAGCACACUCUGCAAACACUCAGCAAAAUCAUUGGAUCUGCAUAUUUUUAAUCAAUGAGGUCUUGGCAAAAUAAAGGGUGGUCAUUUUUAUCCAGACUGUAGUUUGUCCAAGUCCCUGGGUGGGGUUCAGCUGUUUAUGUUUUCUUUGAGGAAAAAUGUCCUCAAGGCCCGGUGCUGAGUCAUUCUUUGCCCCCAAAAAAACCCCAAAGUGGGAGUGCUGGCAUAUGGCAGGGCUGUGAGAGGCAUGUGAGCUGAGCCCAGAGUUUGCCCCUGAUGCAGCUCAGACAGCCAUCAGGGCCACUGCAACCACCCAAAGGAGCUGGGACUGGGUUUGAAGGAAUUUGAAAUAAUAAAUGACAUGAAAAAUAUUAACCUUCUGCAUAGAAACAGAAACCUCACUGCCCAUUCCUGAGGACAAAUGGAUAAUCUUUUUUAUUUUCAGUAUCAGUGGAAUUACUGUUGUUUUCAUGACCUUCUCCUUUUAAUUGGACCCAUGUAUACAAUACACAUGUAUUUAGAAAUGCACUGGAAAAAGUGAUGGAUAACAUUGUUUUCCAACAUUUGAAAGAGGAGGGGGGCAAUUGUUGGUAUGUCCAGUCUGGGAAGCAGUAGGAAUACCACAGCACAUGCUUGAGACUUUGCUAGGCAUGUAGCACAUUAAACCAGAUGCUUCACCUCCCCCACAUUCCUCCCUGCCAGUUCAGCUGGGGCAGGGAUGAGGGAGCUGGGGACUGCUGCCUUUUUACCCAGUGCUGCCUUGUUCCUCAAAAGGGCUCAGCCUCUUACCUCCUCCUGCUGGGACCAUCUACUGAGCACACCUCAUGUUCUCUACAUGCACAGUAACACAGUUUUGUCAGGCCCAGCAAAUCAUGCCAUGCCUUGGGUUGGAAUGGGUUGUACUGCACUAAAUAGUUUAUUUAGUUGUUGUUCUGGACUUUGGAGGCCAUCUCGUUCCAACCACUCUGCCAUGUGCAGGGCUGCCCCCCUUGUGGAAUACUGACCAGACAAUAAAGCUGUUGGAGUAAUGAUGAUGCCAAGCCAUCACUUCCCAGGGGGGAAGUGGAGCUGGAGGUUGUGUGUGUCUCACCAGCAAUUCUCUUGUGACUUUCUGGCCCAGCACAAAAAAAGAGAGCUCUCUAAGAAGGGGUUGGAAUUUGAUGCUUGGGAAGGUGAUGGGAAAUACUUUUCAAAUAUUUGUUUGGGCCAGGAAAUUAGGACAAAGAAGCCAAAGCCUGGCCUCAGCAUUGUCACAAGCAGUUCCUACUGCCUUUGGGAAGGCCAGGAUUUCACUCGUGAAUUUUUAAUGCUGGCAGAGAGACAGAGUCUUACAACAGAGCGUGGGCAUUUCUGGCUCUGUGAGGAUUACUGUUAAUGACACUGGAAAGUGAUUUUUUUUUUCUAUUUUUUUUUAACCUGGCAUUGCUCCUUCAAGCAAAUUAAAGUCUGAUAGGUUCACAUUUCUAUGUGUCAUUAACCCAGACACCUACUGCAGGGCCUAAAGCUUGUGGCUGCUGGAGAGAUUAAAUCCUACUAAUGCGUUUUUCCUAACACACUGAGGGAAUCUGGAGUCUCUCCUUUUGAAGCUGACUUGCUAUUUUGACUAAUUGCUUCUGGUAACAGUUAAUAGCAUUUUGCAAAGGCGCUUCAUCAGCUGACAGCAGAUUGAUGUAAGGAAGGGACACAGUUCACAUUUCCAAAGGGAGCAUUGGGAAACCCAUUACCAGCUUCAUUAA